CACAAUCCAGCAGCACAGGAGCAGCAUGAGAUGUUUUCAGAAAUGAAAAAUGUUGCUUACUCUUGCUUUCUUCAAGUCUCCAAACUCUUAGAGCUCAAAGGCAAAAGACACUAUUUGUUUUGUCUCUGUGCACCACAUGGAUGAAGACAGCACAAGUCAGCAUGAAAGGAUAAAUCCCAGGAGCAGGAGGGCAGUCAACAGCUGAAACCAAGGACUAGGGAAACCUGAAUGGAGGAGGAGGAGUUUAAGACAAAGAGCUCAGAAGCUGAAAAUACGGAGACAUAUCUGAUCUUGAAGAUCCUUCCCCAAAAAGGAGGAGCUACAUGUGACAGCAGCUGCCAUUUUUUGAGGACAUGUUCCAUCCUGCCAGGUGUCUUUUUCACAUAACAGUAUAUUUUCUUCAUCACCACGACAACGCACUUCACUCCAGAAAACAGGAAUAAGGCCCAGUCCAGAAAAUGGUGUUCCAACGUGGGAUAGCACCACAGAAAGGCCCAGCACUGAUAAUUCAUCUCUGUUGCCUUGAAGUCAAUUAGGGAAAAAUCUGGAAAAUGGAUCAAGGGUGAUGGCAAUUCAACAAAGUCAAGAACCAGGAUAACUGCACUGAGAUGCUUGAGCAAGUCAGUCGCCUGCAGCACAUCCUACAUCACGUCUGUAUUUCACAGUCCAAUUGAAUCCUCGUUGUGGGAAGAGGCAUUCACGAAAGAGCUGACUUGGUGAUUCCAGGAGGCAGAAGGAAACACAGCAGGGUGAAAAGAAAUGUGAUGAGUCUUCCCAGACACUGGGGACUGUUGCAGAGGAGAAGCAAAUAACUUCUGCACGCUCAUGGCAAACCGUAUGAAAUGCAUUUCUCUUGCUGUCCAUAUGGAAUCAAGGUUGUAAAUUCCAGCAAGGAGUAUUUAAAGUGGAGAGUAGGAAAAAAAAUCUGACUGUAAGUACCACAAAGCUCCAGUAUGGAUUGCCCAGGGAGGCUGAUGCAGCUCCAGUACUGCAUAUUUGUAGGUUUGACACCAUGUCAUGGAUGCCAUCAGGAUAGAGGCUGGAUUCCAUGCUUUUUUGAUGAUUCCACUGAAGAUUGUGAUGCAAUCAAAACACCAAUAUGAGUGAUCAAACUCAAAUAUAGAUUGGAGUAUGGUGCAGUACAUGUGCAUGUGUAGCUCUUGACUCCAGACUGGCAAGAGUUUGGCCUGAUACUUGUUUUAAGAGAAGAAACAACUGACCACAGUCUGGGUACAAAGCUGGAGAGCCAAAACCACAGCAUGCACAGAGAAGAAGAAAGGCAUGGGGCAUUCUGAAAAUAUACAACUUUCUUGUUUUGAAACAGUGUGUGGAUACAGCAGAACAUCUUUCAUAGCCAUUAAUAUUUGUAAAGAUCGGCUCAUCCUAGCAACCAGUUCUAAAAAUGGAGUGCAGGCUCCCACAAACUUCAUCGUGUCACAUCCAGGAGGAAGUGAUUUUGUUACUCUGCAGGGACUUCUACUGUAUUCAUUACAGCCAACAAUAUCAAAGCAGUGUGCAGUAGUAUGAGAUAACAUUUCUUUUCCCAUAACAUUUCCACAGAUAGGACAGUAUAACAUAGUAAUGUAUUCCCUGGGGAGAUUAAAAAACACCUCUUGGUAUUCUGGGGUUUUAACAUUUAAAAGCUCCACCGUUUUUGUAGGAUGUUCUAUCACUGAGAAAUGUGAGUAGCUGGAAAAGGUUUCUUUUUGCAUUAGUCUGCACUUCUCUCAUUUCCUUCUCUUCCUGCAUCUUUCUCAAUUUGACUUGCAUAACAUGAUUGACAUGUAUACAAUAUAUACCACAUGAAAAAAUAGGAGAAUAACAGCUUGUAUCACAGAAGUGUGACAGUGUCUGGCACUCAAAUACCAGCAGAGGAACACCACACUGUGAGAGCUGAAUGUCCCUUCUCAGCUCUUCUUGUCCACAUCUUUGGGUGUGGCAAUUACAGGAAGAAUCAGUCUAUUUCAGGAGAGCAAACAUCAGCAUUAAUUAUGGUUGUGGGGAUAAUUUGUAAUGUUUCUUUGUUCUUUUGUUAAGUUUCCUUUUGUGAGACACAAGGGACUGAUACUUAUUGCACAACUUUUGAAUGCAGACGGCGGGUCUAUAUUUCGGUUUUCAUUCUUGUUGCAUUCUGAAUAGCUGUCAGAAUGAAAAUCAGCAUGCAAUGUGGAUUACAUACAUUCACAGACAGGAUGUACAAGAGGGACGAAAGGAGAAAGUGGGAAAAAGAGCAAAAUUCAGAUUAAAAAGGCUCUAAAGAUUCUGCAAAACUCCCUCAAAGCAGAAGUUUUUAAAGGAUCAGAAGAUGGAAGCAAAACAUGAAGGUUAACCUAGAAAUAAGCACACUGGAUAUUGAAAUUGGAUGUAAAAGAUGUACUUUAGGAAAACCGCUCGAGGUAAAACCUCGAGCUGGCCCCCAUGCCCAGCUAAUUGCUGAAGUGGCCAGAGCUGGGACACGGCCUGAGGGGAGCCCUGCACAGCCGGGUGUCUGCCUGAGGGAGAGAACUUGGACUGCACAGCUUGAGGGAAGACGGAUUUCAUAUCUGUACUUGAACAACGCCCAAAUUACACGAGUCUGCUCAGUGACUCCAGGGCAGCCUGGCCAUGGAUUUCCACGAGGGAAUUGCGGCGGGUGGGAAGUGACGUGUUGUGAGGGAAGUGACGCCUGGGCGGCGGGAGCCCGGCGGAGCGGAGGGUGGCGGUGGCUGUGGCGGAGCGGGGCCGGUUCGCGGCCAUGAACAGCCGCCUGCAGGAGAUCCGGGAGCGGCAGAAGCUCCGCCGGCAGCUCCUGGCGCAGCAGCUAGGGGCCGAGAACGCGGACAGCAUCGGAGCCGUGCUCAACAGCAAGGAGGAGCAGCGGGAGAUCGCCGAGACCCGGGAGACGUGUCGGGCUGCUUAUGAUACUUCUGCACCAAACGCAAAACGUAAAUAUCCAGAUGAGGGGGAAGCGGAUGAGGAAGAGAUUGAAGAAUAUAAGGAUGAAGUAGAGCUGCAGCAAGAUGAGGAGAACCUGCCCUAUGAAGAAGAGAUUUACAAAGAUUCCAGUACCUUUCUUAAGGGCACUCAGAGCUUAAAUCCACACAACGAUUACUGCCAGCACUUUGUGGAUACAGGCCACAGACCUCAGAACUUCAUCAGAGAUGUUGGCUUAGCAGAUAGGUUUGAAGAAUAUCCAAAACUUAGAGAGCUCAUCAGAUUGAAGGAUGAGCUGAUAUCUAAAUCUAACACUCCUCCCAUGUAUUUACAAGCAGACUUGGAAGCAUUUGAUAUUAGGGAACUGAAGUCCAAAUUUGAUGUGAUUCUCCUGGAACCACCACUGGAAGAAUACUACCGGGAGACUGGCAUUACUGCCAAUGAAAAAUGCUGGACCUGGGAUGAUAUCAUGAAAUUGGAAAUUGAAGAAAUUGCAGCCCCAAGGUCAUUUGUGUUUCUGUGGUGCGGGUCAGGCGAGGGUCUGGAUCUCGGCCGAGUGUGUCUACGCAAAUGGGGUUACAGAAGAUGUGAGGACAUUUGCUGGAUUAAAACAAAUAAGAACAAUCCUGGAAAGACCAAGACUCUAGACCCUAAGGCUGUUUUCCAAAGAACCAAGGAGCACUGCCUCAUGGGCAUCAAGGGCACCGUGCGCCGCAGCACAGACGGGGACUUCAUCCACGCCAACGUCGACAUCGACCUCAUCAUCACCGAGGAGCCUGAAAUCGGCAACAUAGAAAAACCUGUGGAGAUUUUUCACAUUAUUGAGCAUUUCUGCCUUGGACGACGACGGCUUCACCUUUUUGGAAGGGACAGUACAAUCCGACCAGGUUGGCUGACAGUGGGACCCACCCUCACCAACAGCAACUUCAAUGCAGAGACAUAUUCCUCGUACUUCACGGCUCCCAACUCCCACCUGACGGGCUGCACCGAGGAGAUCGAGCGGCUGCGGCCCAAGUCGCCGCCGCCCAAGUCCAAGUCUGACCGGGGCGGGGGCGCUCCCAGGGGAGGAGGCCGAGGAGGGACUGCGGCCGGCCGGGGAGAGAGGGGCAGAGAGAGGAACAGAACGAACUUCCGGGGUGAGCGGGGUGGCUUCCGAGGGGGCCGAGGAGGGACCCACCGAGGGGGCUUCCCCACCCGCUGAGGAGGUAAUGGCUUCUUGCCUCAUCCUAUGCCCCAUCUCUGAAUCUCUUUCUUAGUCUUGUUUUUCCUGAAAUGAAUUCCUCUGGAAACUCAAGCCAGAUGACUUGUGAAAUUGGUUUUGGUGAAGCUGUUCUAGUCUUCCUGGGCUGGCACAGCCCCACCCCUGGCUGGCAGCUCCUGCAAUGGCAGCGCUGAACUCACUCACAGCAGGGAGCACCAUCCCUUCACACACCAUGGGAAGGAGGGAAGGGAAGAUACUUGCUCUAUUCACAGGAAACUUGGGGUGGGGGCUUUCUUUUCAGCUGUCAUUUUCUCCAAAACACGGAUUCCUCUUCCUUAUUUGGAGGGUUGGGCUUGGACUGAUCUGGAUUAAUAUUGUGGAAUGGGCAUGAAAUGCAGUUCUGACUUGCAGACUGUCUUAUGGAAGAAAAAAUGCUGUGUCUGUAUUGACACCUAUUUUAACUUCUCUGAAACCAAGGAGCAAAUGGAAUAAAUAGAAUUCUAUUUUUUCUUAUUUGGUUUAAAUUUCCCAAAUUUCUCCUGGGAAUAGGGAACAAUUUUUAAUUUGUGGUGUAUGUGCAUUCACUUUUCAUUAGGGAGAGUGGUAAUUCUGUGCAGUCAUGUGUUGUGCUUCAUGGAAAGCACCAAGCUGUGCGUUUGUGUGCAGUCCAGAACUUCUGCAAGGUCUGGAUUGCUCCUGGAGCAAGGAUUUACACCCACUGUGUGUUUGGAACACUUUGUUCUUUGGGAGGUAAGACCAGUGUCACUGCAGAGGAAUCGGUGACCUUGUUGGAGGGCGGGUUGGAAAUGCAUGUGUGCAGUGCCUGAAACUUGUCGCCUGGGAACAGGGUAAUGAAACCAAGUGUUUGGCUUUGCCUGUGGGAGUUGCACACGUUUGGAAACAUUGGCUAUUGCUGAUGAGCUCCAGUGCAGUGUGGACAGACAGUGACUCACUUUGUACAAUGUUUUUAGCAGAACCACAGCUCUGAGCUUCUUGGUCAGUACUUGGCAGGCUGAACAAACUUGGCUGUUGGUGUCUCAAGGUCAGAACUGUGGGUCUUUGAUUUUAAAUAGCUGUCCUGUAAAGUAGCAGAUUAUUAAACAUGUUUAUCAAAGCUAAUGUUGAAAUAUUUUUCUUCAUAUUUUAUGGGGUUUUUCUCCUUGAGGUUCUGGAAUUGCCAAGUGGUUUCCUCUGUUCUGUUGUUGAACAGGAACUGUUCUUUUGGUGCAAGGAAUAUUGGCACAGGUGUUUUUGAGGGUCUGAUCAACUUCCUGGCCUGGGCAGCGUGCUUGGCAGGGGAUUGGCACAGUGCUGGUGGAACUUGCUGUUUAUGAGUUGGUUCUUCCUGUGUUAUUUGCACAUCUGGAGAGUGACUGGAUUUGGGGGGGGGUGUUUUAAGGGUGGUGCUCUUUUGGCCGUCAGUGAAGUCAGCCAUGGGCUACGUGAACAGCAUCUGACAGAAGGUAAAUGCCACAGUAAGGAAACUUUGAUUUUUGCUCUAGUCUUGUUAUUUGAAAAGUUAAUACUGGAGAAAACCUUAGGACCACUGCUUUUGUGCCAGGGACAAACUUGUUUGGUGUUUGGUUGUUUUUUUUUAUGAGUAGAAAAUGUUAAUUUCCAUUUCCCCCUUUUAACCACAGGCCCAUUGCUGAUAGUUCAGUGCUGGUUUUAAGUGAGUGUAAUGGACAAGGAACUCCACCUUUGUACCCAUCCUCCAUGAAGAACAGUUACCUGCUGGUCAUUAUGGGAAGGUGGUGUUCCAGCAGUGACAGACUGAUGGCCUGUAAAGGUGAGACAGCAGCACACCCAAAGCUUGGGGUCAUGUCCUUGUGGUGGUGGAGGAGAUGAUACUUAGAAAAUACUGCAGUGAGACACUAUUACACACGCCUCAUUAUAGAGGGUAAAAGCAUCUGGUCAUUUCCUAAUCACUGUGAUUUGGACCAUAUCUAAAGUGGUGUCUAGAGAUGAAAGGCUUUUAAUUGCAUUACUGGUGUCAGUUAAUUUCUCAGUUGUAACACUUUACAGGAGGAGGAUAAGGCUCAGUAUCAGUGAGCUGAUGAAUUUUACCCCAGGUGAAUGAAGACCUCAUUUGAGCAUACUGUCCUUGAAGAUACAGAGCCUAACACAUUUCUUCUUUUCCAGUUCUAUUAAAUGCAUAAUGCCUGCA